AUGAGCUGGCGGAGGCCCUCAGGGUGCCCCAGAAGGUACAACGAGCAGAGGAACGGGGACCAGCUCGUGCAGACGCCGCCCGCCGCGAGCGACAGGCCUGGCGAAGGGGAGCAGGCCGAGGGGGAGGAGGAGGAGGGCGGCGAGGAGGCCGAGGCGGCGGCGGAGGGGGAUGAAGAGGGCAGCAAACAGGACGGCGGCGGGGAGAAGGAGGCCGAAGGGGAUGAAGAGGACAGCAAGGAGGACGGCGGCACCGAGGUGGCGGAGGAGGGGGCUGAUGAGGGCGGCGAGGAGGACGGCGGCGGUAAGGACGCGGCGGAAGGGGGUGGCGAGGGUAGUGGGGCGGAUGAGGCGGACGAGGAGGAAGCUGCAGAGGGGGACGCGGGGGGCGGCGAGGGGGAUGGGGGCGCCGAGGAGGCAGAGCCAUACAAUGAAGACAGCGGCGACGCCGACGCGGACGCCGACGCAGCCGAGGAGGAAGAGGAGAAGGGCGCGGCGGGGGACGCCGACGCGGACGGGGACGGCGAUGCAGAGGCCGGGGCCGGAGAGGGGGGCGCCGAGGCGGAUGCAUACGACGAAGAGGAUGCCUCUGGGGCGGAAGGGGGCGGCGAGGGCGCCGACGGAGGUGCGGACGCCGACGCGGGCGGCGAGGACGGCGGUGCCGAGGCGGAGGCUGAUGCUGAGGAGGGCGCGGAGGCCGAUGAUGACGGGGAGACGGCGGCCGGCGGCGAGGACGACGCCGAUGCUGCAGCGGACGAGGAGGGCGGCGGCGACGGAGGCGAGGAGGAUGCAGAUGCUGCUGCAGACGAGGAGGGCGGCGGCGGCGCUGAUGACGUUGACUCUGCAGCGGACGAGGGCGGCGAAGGCGACGGCGACAGCGGCGCGGACGGCGCCGAAGCUGAAGCGGACGAAGAGGCCGGCGGCGGCGCGGACGACGCCGACGCUGCAGCGGACGAUGAGGAUAGCAGUGACGGCGCCGACGCCGGUGCCGAGGACUCUGCAGACGCCGACGUCGGCACCGACACUGCAGAGGAAGACGCCACAGCGGACGGGGAUUCCGAGGGCGCGGACAGCGCCGACGCCGACGCCGCGGCGGACGAAGACGCGGGCGCCGACGCCGGCGCCGACGGGGACGCGGACGCGGAGGGUGAUGUCAACGCCGCGGAUGGGGAGGCGGAAGAGGGGGCGGAUGAGGGGGCGGUGGAGAGGCGGCUGGCCUGGCGGGCGCUCUGA